CGAGAACGCGGCGCCGCGCCCGCGUACACAAUUACCAAGGUAACUGGGCGGUGCCUGAGCGGGCGGGAAGGAGGCGUUCGGCUGGAUUUUGUCCGCUUGCGGGGAGACUUCAGGAGUCGCCUCUUUGAACUUCCGGCCUCUGACACCGCUGCCCCUGUCCCCGAGGGCCAUGGGCCGGGUCUCAGGGCUCGUACCUUCUCGCUUUCUGACGCUCCUGGCGCAUCUGGUGGUCGUCAUCACCUUAUUCUGGUCCCGGGACAGCAACAUCCAGGCCUGCCUGCCUCUCAGGUUCACCCCCGAGGAGUAUGAGAAGGAGGACAUUCAGCUGGUGGCCGCCCUCUCUGUCACUCUGGGCCUCUUUGCAGUGGAGCUGGCCGGUUUCCUUCUAGGAGUCUCCAUGUUCAACAGCACCCAGAGCCUCAUCUCCAUUGGGGCUCACUGUAGUGCAUCCGUAGCCCUGUCCUUCUUCAUAUUCGAGCGUUGGGAGUGCACUACAUAUUGGUACAUUUUUGUCUUCUGCAGUGCCCUUCCAGCUGUCACUGAAAUGGCUUUAUUCAUCGCCAUCUUUGGGCUGAAAAAGAAACCUUUCUGAUCACUGUCCUGACGAUCGAAGGCUACAGGGGAGGCCGCUUCGUAUUCCUGGAAGAAGGAAGGCAUAGGCUUCAGUCUUCCCCUCGGAAACUGCUUCUGCUGGAGGAUAUGUGUUGGAAUAAUUACCUCCCGAGUAUGGGAUUAUCAGCGUUGUAUUUAGUGUUUUGUAAUAAAAUAUGUUUUGUAGUAAGAUCAAGAGUUAUAUACAGUUUUCAGGGGACAAUUGGGAUGACUUAACUAUUGACGAAAGAAACAACAACUACGCUGUUUUCUAGUCCUGCAGAACGUAAGAUACUUGAUAUCGCUUCUAUUUCGGUUAUUACGGUAGACGUCUGGCGGAAGGGAGUGGGCGGGGAUAUGUAAAUAAAAGUGCGUACAGUUAGAACGUCCAGCACGUAAGUUAUUGGAGCAUUCUGGGAAGAAAUAAUUUAUUCCUUUUCUGCAGCUGAAUGAAAAAAAAUUAUUUUAAAAGAGGUGCAAGCAAAUAUAGCAAUACAAUUGGAAGGAUGCUAAGUAACAAAGUUGCUCGUACCGACGCGUUGUAUAUUCACCCUAGCUUAUAACGGAAUAUUUUUCACUGAGUGCGGAAUGUCCGGGGUUUACGAGAUAUCGUCAGGUGGGAUAAUCCUUACCUGUUCCUCCGUUGGAGGACAGAUAAAGCAUGAUGAUUGGAGAUGCAUGAAACGUGAUUAACGUCUCUGCGUAAUCAGGACUUGCAACACCCUGAUUGCUCCUAUCUGAUUU